AUGAACGAGUCCAACGAUUACGAGCAGGAACGUCUCAAGAACAUCAAGGAGAAUGAGCGGCUCAUGAAGGAGCUUGGUGUCAUGGGGGGUUCCUCUGCCAUCGGCGGCCCCUCUCCCAAACGCACCACGCCCACCAAGCCCAAAAAGAAGCCGACCACGCCCAAGAAGAAGGCGGAUGUGACGCCGACGCGCAUCAUGCCCAGUCGUUCGUCCGCGCGGCUGGCCGGCCACGAAGCCGACUCGGAGACCCUCAAGCGCAAGUACGAGGAGGAGGCCGAGGAGGCACGCAAGGUGGCCGAGGCGGCCAAGAGGGCGAGACACGGCCAGUUUGAUCUAUCGGGGAUGACGGGGGGCGAGCUGGAGGAGGAGGCCAUCGCAGCACUCGAGGCGACACUAAACGGAUUGGCGGCGAACAAGGCGCAGGCUGCCGAGCUGGUCGAUAUCAAGCAGGAGAAGAAGCGCAGAAGUGGCAAGCAGGAGGACGAAGCGCAAAGCCAGGAGAGGACGGAGCUCGAAGAGGUGCUGAACAGGAUGACGCUCAAGUCGGUCGCCAAGGUGACGCCGAAGCGCGUGUACUCGAUGGCAUACCACCCGUCGAUGGACAAGGAUCUGGUCUUUGUCGGCGACAAGGAGGGCUUUAUUGGUGUGUGGGAUGCUGCGCCCAUCGCCUCGUCCUCCACCAGCAACGGGGUCAAGAAGGAAGUCGACGACGAUGAGGAGGAGCAAGACGCCGGAGAGACCUUCCCGGAAGGCAAGGCAUGGACGCUCCAGGUGCACGGUCGCAGUCCCGUCACAUGCAUCAAGUUCGAUCCGGUCGACCACAACUCUGUCUUUUCCUGCUCGUACGACUCCACCGUUCGCAAACUCGACCUUUCCUCCGGCAAAUCAGACGAAGUCUGGGCAGGGGAAGAAGACGUGCUGCUCUCGAUCUUCGACGUCCUCUCGCCGCAAACCCACCCAAGCGCUUACAUCGACACGCCCAAUCCUUCGCUCGACGAGCGUUCGCUGUGGAUCGCCGACCAUCGUGGCGGUCUGCUCCACAUCGAUCUCCGCGAAAAGACGCGCAGGGGCAACAACACCCGACGCUGGCAGGUGUGCGAGAAGAAGAUCGGGGCUAUGUCGGUCAACCGUCUCGCACCGCACUGCAUCGCCACCGCCUCGCUCGACCAGCAUGUGCGCCUGUUCGACGUGCGUGCCCUCGCAUCCGUCGUCAAGCAGACCGCCGAGGCGCCGUACAACUACAAGGGGGUCGAUGCGGACGAUUUGGAGGCCGCACAAACCAAGGCGCAGUUUGCAUCCAGCAAAGCGAGACAGGCGUGCACGUCGGUGGAUUUCAGCCCGAGGGGAGACCAGUUGGUGGGAGUCAGCUACGACGAUGUCGUCAAGGUGUGGGACAUGGAUCCGAGCUGGCUGUACUCGGAUGAUGGGUUGAAGAGCAAAGCGACGGUGACAAAGGCGAAUGGUGCUGCGAAGGGCGGGCGCAAGAGCGGCGCCGGGGUCAAGAAGGAAGAUGCUGACGAGGCGCCCAACGGCGGUCUGAUGAAGUGGCUCUCGACAGCAACGCCGCUCAAAACCGAAAAGGAAGUGCAAGAAGCGAUCAAGCAAGAACAAGCCGCGCCGGCCAUCAAGACGGAUCGACCCGAAGACGUGCUUGCCGAACCGAAUCGCAUUCCACACAACAAUCAAACCGGCAAGUGGCUCACCAUGUUCCGUGCCAAGUGGAACCAAAAUCCGCUGCUAGAACCUCACUUCACCAUUGGCAGCAUGACGAGGAGAGCCGAAAUCUACGCCGCAGACGGGACACUGCUCAGAACUUUGUGGGACGAAAACCUGGUCACGGCCGUUCCGGCUGUUACGUGCAUGCACCCUGUUCGGCCAGGUAGGCUCGUCACCGGCAAUGCGUCCGGCCGAUGCACCUUUUGGAGUCCAGAUGCGUAG